AGAUGGAAAGCCGAGGCCUUUGAAGACCUGGGAUCCUGUAGUUACGGGAGAGGUUGAGGGGUGAAAGGUGCUGAGGUGCGGGAACAGAGAAGGACAAUAAAGAGCCAGUGACCAAGAGGUUCUCGACUCCAGAGACCCGAGCUCUCAGAGCGCGGGUUGGGGAGCGCGGCGGAACACGCCGGGCGGCUCCUGGUGGCGACCGAGGGUUUUCCUGUCACAGGAAGCUGGGCCUGGCCGCUGUGCCUGGGAGAAGGGAAGGAGGAAUGAGAAAGCGGUGACAGCCCCCCGCCCCCCAGUCUUGAAGAAGGCAUCCAUAAAUCUCAUAAUUUGUAAAGUUUUAUUAUCGUGAAGUCAUUAUUAAUCCAAGAUGAAAAGAAAUUGCUAAAUAGAAAUUCUGAGAAGAAAACGGCCUUAUUUUUUUCACAUGGUGUAGGAAGCUGUGUUACAUGAGGGAUUUGUUUGUUUUAUAAAGCAAUGGGAAAUCCAGAAAACAUAGAAGAUGCGUAUGUUGCUGUUAUUCGUCCAAAGAAUACCACCAGUCUCAAUUCUCGGGAAUACAAAGCUAAGUCAUAUGAAAUUUUGUUGCAUGAAGUUCCCAUUGAAGGGCAGAAAAAAAAGAGAAAGAAAGUUUUGUUGGAAACUAAACUUCAAGGCAACAGUGAAAUAACGCAAGGCAUAUUGGAUUAUGUAGUAGAAGCUACCAAACCAAUUUCUCCUGCAAACCAGGGCAUCAGAGGAAAACGAGUGGUACUAAUGAAGAAAUUUCCUCUGGAUGGAGAGAAGAUGGGCAGAGAAGCGGCGUUAUUUAUUGUUCCAUCAGUUGUCAAAGAUAAUACUAAAUAUACGUAUACUCCAGGAUGCCCUAUUUUUUACUGCUUACAGGAUAUUAUGCGAGUCUGUAGUGAAUCCAGUACUCACUUUGCUACACUUACAGCAAGGAUGUUAAUAGCUUUGGAUAAGUGGUUAGAUGAACGCCAUUCACAAUCUCACUUUAUUCCAGCUUUAUUCCGACCUUCUCCUCUUGAGCGGAUAAAAACUAAUGUCAUAAACCCUGCGUAUGCUACUGAAUCAGGUCAGACAGAAAACUCACUACAUAUGGGCUAUAGUGCACUAGAAAUAAAGAUUAAAAUGUUAGCCCUAGAGAAAGCAGAUACCUGUAUUUACAACCCUUUGUUUGGAUCAGAUCUUCAGUAUACAAACCGGGUAGAUAAAGUGGUAAUAAAUCCAUACUUUGGUCUAGGAGCUCCAGACUACUCAAAAAUCCAAAUUCCCAAACAGGAAAAAUGGCAGAGAAGCAUGAGCAGUGUCACAGAAGACAAGGAACGACAGUGGGUAGAUGAUUUUCCUCUUCAUCGAAGUGCCUGUGAAGGAGAUUCAGAAUUACUAAGCCGUCUUCUCAGUGAAAGAUUUUCAGUCAACCAAUUAGAUAGUGACCACUGGGCACCUAUUCAUUAUGCAUGCUGGUAUGGAAAAGUUGAGGCCACUCGCAUAUUGUUAGAGAAAGGAAAGUGCAACCCAAAUCUUUUAAAUGGACAGCUUAGUUCUCCUCUUCAUUUUGCUGCUGGAGGAGGACAUGCUGAAAUAGUACAAAUUCUCCUAAACCAUCCGGAAGUUGACAGACACAUAACAGACCAACAAGGAAGAUCUCCAUUAAAUAUUUGUGAAGAAAACAAACAAAAUAACUGGGAAGAAGCUGCAAAAUUAUUGAAGGAAGCCAUUAACAAACCAUAUGAAAAAGUUCGAAUAUACAGAAUGGAUGGAUCAUAUCGUUCUGUUGAACUGAAGCAUGGAAAUAAUACCACAGUGCAGCAGAUAAUGGAAGGGAUGCGUCUCUCUCAAGAAACACAGCAAUAUUUCACUAUUUGGAUCUGUUCGGAAAACCUCAGCCUUCAACUCAAGCCUUAUCAUAAACCCUUGCAACAUGUUCGUGAUUGGCCAGAAAUACUUGCUGAGUUGACCAAUUUGGAUCCUCAAAGGGAAACACCACAGCUUUUCCUAAGAAGAGAUGUGAGACUUCCUUUGGAAGUUGAAAAAAAGAUUGAAGAUCCACUAGCUAUUCUUAUUCUCUUUGACGAAGCCAGAUAUCAUUUAUUGAAGGGCUUCUAUACAGCUCCUGAUGCUAAACUGAUAACAUUGGCAAGUCUGCUGUUGCAAAUAGUUUAUGGAAAUUAUGAAAGUAAGAAACACAAGCAAGGUUUCCUAAAUGAAGAAAAUCUAAAAUCCAUUGUACCUAUUACUAAACUGAAAAGUAAGGCACCUCACUGGACAAAUCGAAUACUUCAUGAAUACAAGAGUCUUAGUACAAGUGAGGGUGUCAGUAAAGAAAUGCAUCACCUUCAGCGCAUGUUCUUACAGAAUUGUUGGGAAAUUCCAACAUAUGGAGCAGCUUUUUUCACAGGACAGAUAUUUACAAAGGCAAGCCCCAGCAAUCAUAAAGUUAUUCCUGUGUAUGUAGGAGUCAAUAUAAAAGGACUUCAUCUCCUCAACAUGGAAACUAAGGCUUUACUCAUCAGUCUUAAGUAUGGUUGUUUUAUGUGGCAACUGGGAGAUGCUGAUACUUGUUUUCAGAUCCAUAGUAUGGAAAAUAAAAUGAGCUUUGUCGUACACACAAAACAGGCUGGUCUCGUGGUAAAACUGUUAAUGAAGCUAAAUGGACAGUUCAUGCCCACUGAAAGAAAUUCAUGAAAGUAGCUGGUACUCAAGCCACCACAUUUUGUAGUGUAGUUUUUUUCUGUGAAAGACUUCUUAAAAUGUUACUUUUAGUAAGGUAUUUAGUUUCCUGUAAUAUAUAUGUAUACUAUUACAUUGUACAGAAUCUGUACUUUUAUUUGGUGUGUAAUAUACCAAUUAGUUUUAUAUA